AUGAAUCCAUGCGGUCAAACGCCUUUGUUCUGUGCGGCUAAAGAAGGUCGACAAGAGAUUGUUGUUCAAUUAUUAUUGAGUAGUGGUGCCAAUCCAAAUGCCGUUACUAAAUUAGGUUCCACACCAUUUUUGUUAGCAUCAGAAAUAUGUGAUUUAGAAAUUAUUGCAGCAUGUGCAGAAGCCGGAGUCGAUUUAGAUUUUGCACCAUCAGGAAGAGAUGCCGAUAAUUUAAAUAUAACUGGACAAACAGCUCUAUUUAUGGCUACACUCAAAGGACGAUCUGAUGUUGUUAUGACCAAUUACUUUUAA